AUGCAUAUUAUAGGAUAUAUUAUCCCUGCUAUUUUUUCAACAUUAGUAAUCGGAAGUGUAUCUGGAAUGCCGGUCAUAACGUUUGAAUGUCCACCUGGUCAACCAAUGACAUCAAUAUGUCCAGGAGAUGAAAGCGCUGUAUGCAUCACCAACAAUUGCGGUGAAUGCGAUGCUGUGUGGUUUGGAACUGAUGGUAAACGAGCACAAUGCUAUGGAAAAUCUGAUUGUCCACCUGGUCGAGUUGGACCUCAAUGUCCUAGAAAUCCAUGCGAAGAAGCAACAUGUUCAACAUAUCCUGAUGCUAAAUGUGUUCCAAACUAUUGUGGAGGCUGCUAUGCUGAAUGGUUCAAAUUUAGUGGAGAACAAGUACAAUGUAGUACCACAAGUGUACUUGGAACAUCAGUUGAAAGGAUUCGAUGUCCAUCGGGUAAACGAAUUGUGAAUUGUUUCGUAGAUCCAUGCUUGGUAUCAAAAUGUCCAGGUGAUAAAAAUGCUAAGUGCGUCUCUAACUAUUGCGGUGGAUGCAAUGCUGUGUGGUACAGAGCUAAUGGUAGACCAGCAAAAUGUUUUCGAAAAUCUACUUGUCCACACGGUCGGUCUAAAGUUCGAUGUAAAAAAGAUCCAUGUCAAGGAGCAACAUGUCCAGAAUAUCCUGACGCUGAAUGUGUUCCAAAUUAUUGUGGAGGCUGCUAUGCUGAAUGGUUCACAUGCGAUGGACGAAAAGUACAAUGUAGAACCACAAGUUAA